GUACCAAAGAAAGCUACAAUGUUGACCUCAACCCAGACUCCGUUGAUUUCAACCUUGUUUAGUUUACUAUUAUUUGUAAGCCAUGGGAAAGAAAGUCUGGAAGUAAACACAACAGAAAACAUUUCAGAAAGCUUAAAAAAUAUAGCAAAAGAAUAUAUUCCUUGGAAAAGGGAAGCAGAUUUCAACCUAGGUGAAGAAAAUAGAGAAACCUUCAAUGACAAAGCAAGUAAUUCCUCUCUCAUGGAUCCAGCAGAUAAAAGUCAAGGAACAACAGAUUCUGUCGGUAAUUUGACCACAGACUUUUCCUGGAGUCCAAGAACCACGCCCCCAUUUUCUGAAAGCCCUCCCUUGAUCCACAGCGUUGUUUCUAAAUUGCCUCAGAACUCUUCAGUAACAGAUGAAAAUCCUCUGUCCCUCUCCGAGCCUCCCAAUACUACGUCUGCUUUACCCACCCCAAAGUUCCCUUGGACUUUGGCCAAUGACACCGUGGAAACUGACAACAGUUCCAUUGCAGUUAGCGUCCUCCCUUCAGCACCAAGCACCACAGCGGUGAAUCCCACGACAACAGAAUCCGGCCAAAGGCUUAACACUACCAGUGAUAGCAUGGCGGGGCUUACCCCCUAUCAAGAAAUGACUCUACAGCCCACCUUAAAAUUCACCAAUAAUUCAAAAAUCUUUCCAAAUACAUCAGAUCCCCAAGAAGAGAAUAGAAAUACAGGAGUAGUAUUUGGGGCCAUUUUAGGUGCUAUUUUGGGAGCUUCACUGCUUACUCUUGUUGGCUACUUAUUGUGUGGAAAAAGGAAGACAAAUUCAUUCUCCCACCGGCGACUUUAUGAUGAUAGAAACGAACCAGUUCUGCGAUUAGACAAUGCACCGGAACCUUAUGAUGUGAGUUUUGGGAAUGCUAGUUAUUACAACCAAACUGUGAAUGAUUCAUCCGUGCCAGCAGGUCAAGAAAAUGCACGCGAUGGCAUUCCUAUGGAUGACAUACCUCCCAUUCGUACCUCAGUAUAA